CAGGUGUUCCAAUCCCCUCCCAAUCAUGUGAUUCAGGUGUUCCAAUCCCCUCCCAAUCAUGUGAUUCCGGUGUUCCAAUCCCCUCCCAAUCAUGUGAUUCAGGUGUUCCAAUCCCCUCCCAAUCAUGUGAUUCAGGUGUUCCAAUCCCCUCCAUAUCAUGUGAUUCCGGUGUUCCAAUCCCCUCCCAAUCAUGUGAUUCAGGUGUUCCAAUCCCCUCCAUAUCAUGUGAUUCAGGUGUUCCAAUCCCCUCCAUAUCAUAGUCAAUAGCUAAAGACCUCCAAACUUGGUGUGGCCUUCAGAUGAGCCCAACAACAGUGCGUAGAGAGCUUCAUGGAAUGGGUUUCCAUGGC